GUCGUAAAUUUCACACGUGAAAAAAGAAUGAUGGAUGAAACUGAAGACAUUUUCACAUCAGGGGGUUAUGAGAAUGACAGUGGAGAUGAGGAUGUUGGUGAUGACUUCACACAUAACAAACUCAUUGAUUCCAUCAUCAGCUUGGAUGGGAAGAGAAAGUCUAACAGGAAGGCGAGGUCUGAAACAACUAAGAAUAUUGGUGAAGCUAGUCUGUCUACAUCAUCAGAUGCUGAUAAGAUCCGUCUGCAUCAGUUGAUGGGUGCGCUACAGAACACCACAGGGCAUGGCAUGCUGAAGAAGCAGCUCAUGGAGCUCAAGAGACGAAACAAGACACUUGACACUCCUCUCUCAAAGCCAGAGCAGGGAAGGAUUGAACGCCGUGUUGUAUAUGAGAAAACCAGCAAAGACCUCACUCUGUGGGAUCCCAUAGUGAAGGAAAAUAGGAAUGCUCCACAACUGAGUUUUCCUUUAGAGAGACCUAACCUCAACCUCCAGACUACUGAUCAAGUUGUCAGGUCGUUUAAGCCUAGGACCCCAUUAGAAGUCGAAGUAGCGGCCAUGUUGAGAAACAAUCCACACAAAGUAGACAAGCGUACCCAGUUGACCAGAGCUGAGAUGGAAUCUAUGAAGGCCAUGAGUCUAGAGGAGGCUAGGGAGAGACGAGCUGAGCUGCAGAAAUACAGAGCAUUAUUGUCUUACCAGGAGUCUAAAGCAAAGAGACAGAAGAAAAUCAAGAGCAAGAAGUUUCAUAGAAUUCUACGCAAGGAGAAAGCAAAGCAGUUAAAGAAGGAAAUGACAGACUUGGAGAAGAAGGACCCUGAAGCUUAUGCUGAGGCUGUGAAACUGGCUGAAAAACGUCGUGUUGAGGAACGCAUGAGUCUGAAACACAGAGGCGGGAGCAAAUUCAUGAAGAACCAACUGAUACAUGCAAAAUAUGACAAAGAUGCCAGAAAUUCUGUUCAAGAGAUGUUACAACACAGUAGAGAACUCACCAAGAAGGACCAUGUUUCUGAGAGUGAAAGUGAGAAUGAGGCUGAGGGUCAAAAUGAGGCUGGGGUUACUAUGGCAACAGAUGAUACAGCUCCAUCUGGUGGUGGCAGCCACAACCCCUGGUUGGCUCAUAGUGCACCCUCUCAACAUAAACCCUAUGCUAAACUGGAGGAGAUCAGAAAUGAAGCAUCAAGUGAUGAUGACGAAGACAGUAGUGAUGAAAAUGAUGAGCAAAAUCAGGAAAAUAAUGGAACUGGUGAAGAUAACAUGAAUGAUCAGGCAAGUGAUAAUGAAGACGAAGAAACUGAUGAUGAAAUUGAAAAAGCAUUUGAUAUUUUAGAAAAUAAGAAAAAAAUAAGCAAACAAAAGACUAAUAAAAAGGGAAAAGAUGUAAAAAUUGAGAACAGUGAGGAGGAAAGUCCAGAGGAGUCUGAAGGUGAGGACGAAGAAAUGAUAACACAAACCAUGAAAAGAAAGAGAACUUUAGCAGAUUUUAAUGAAGACUCAAAUGAUGAAGAAGUUCCUGAGAAGGUUCUUAAAGUAAGAAGUCGUAAGAAGGCAAAGCCACGCCAUAAGAAAAAGAAAAAAGAGAAGCAGAAUCGAGAGAAUCAAAAUCAGGAAGCUGAGGUCAGAGUUGACCCAAAAAACAGCAUGACACUUGAAACCAAAAUCAACCAAUCUGCUAUUCCGAAAAUUCUCGAUGGAGAAGACCAGGACGAAGAUGAUCAGCGAAUGACAAUAUCCGAGGCUUUUGCAGAUGAUGAUGUCAUAGAUGAUUUUACUGCAGAGAAGCAGGAAGCUGAGGAGAGGGACAAGCCUAAAGAUAUCAACCUGACCCUACCAGGAUGGGGGGACUGGGGAGGAGCUGGUAUUCAGCCAUCUAAGAAGAAAACAAAAAGGUUUCUAAUCAAGGCACCACCACUGCCCCCAAGAAAGGACAAACACCUAGAGAAUGUCAUCAUCAGUGAAGCCAAGGACAACAGCAUAGCAAAGCACCAGGUAAGCAAGUUACCAUUCCCCUAUACCAAUGUCCUGCAGUUUGAGAGUGAUGUUAAGGCCCCAAUUGGAAAGCUGUGGAACCCAGAAGGCGCCUUUAAAGAAAUCACAAAACCCAAGAUCGUCACAAAAAUAGGAACAAUCAUUGAUCCCAUCGAUAAAGAAGUGACUUUCAAGAAAAAUAAGAUUAACUCAAAAACGGGUCCCAAACAAGAUAAUGAUACAAAGAGUAAGAAAGGACAUGGGAAAACAUUUGGUGGGGGUAAGGGGCAGAAAAGAGGGAAUCAAAAAAAUAAAAAGUGAAUAUUGAAUCAAUCGUGAAUAUAUUCAUUGUGUUAUAAAAUAUACUUUAUUUGAUUAAUGAUAAUGUAAACUACAUGUAUUGUAUUAGUAAACUUUAUUAGGUGAAAAUUAGGUCAACUUGUUCUAUUUUUCAUUUUGAAGAAUGUACCACUAUGUAUGGUAGUAAAAGCUACAAAUAAUAGAUGUCUCUAUCUAUUCAGUCAAAUAAUACUAACCUUCCAACUGAAUGUAAUAUGCCACACUAGGCUAUCAUGACCCAUCUGCCACUGUUUUAAAAGUGGAAGCAAAUAAAUAAAUAAAAUAAACAUGAAUUCAUCUAUCUGAAGCUUUUAUG